AUAAUUCAUUGCUUUCUUCCAACCUCCUCAGACAAGAGCCUACAUCUUUUUCAUCUGACUCUCUUCCAUCCUGUCGGAUUUUCUGCUUUUAAGCGACCCUUCCACCUUUCAUCAGAGCGUCGAUACAACAGCAUACCAUGACCACAUACCAGAGGAAUCGCAGCUACGCUUCCGCCCCAGAGCCCGAGUACGGUGAUCUGGAGAUUCGUUGCACAUGGAGUGGAGAGUACGACGAGUUCGUAAAUGUCAAGAUUUCCCUCGAGGUCAAAUGUGUUCCCAAUACGCAAUUACAGCUACUAAACGUACGAGGUCCGGGCAUAUUCCUUGAUGAAAAGUUUUUGGAACGCAUCUCAGAGACAGAAUACCACCCGGAUAAUGAGGAAUUUGGCGCUCCCCGGAGCCCUUUAUUCGGUUUCUCCCCUCUUGCACACAACCGCAGCCGUGAUGCUAGGUCGAAUCCUUGCGAUGAAAACAUGCUCGAUGAGACCCGUAUGCCUGACACUAGACUGACAUCACAGGAGAACGAAGAGGCACCAGCGGCUAGCCAAAGCACUCACUGCACUUUGAAAACCCACAACACUGAACCCGCACUGGCCAGCCCUGUAUCCUCAGUGUCAUCUAUGAGACCCCCGCGCUCCCCCAAGUCAGAGAAUGAGAGGCUGAUUAGAUCGCGAAAGAGGAGCGCUACUGAUGCCGACUUUCCCGAUUCCGGAUCUGAUGGGGAUUGUGAACGUGGUGGAUCAUUAACGGAUGGGACAAACCGCAAGGCUCGCCAAUUGAAUCCGGUUGCGCCAACUGGGACAGGAGAUCAAAACACAGAAAAGCCUAAUUCAGAUUCCAUUAACCGAAGAGAAAUCGCAUGCCCUAGAAGCCCAAGGAAGUUAAGGCCAACCAAAUUACCCAGUCCCAGUCUAAUUGCGCCCAAUGAAAACGUUAACCCCAGGAGUCCGCCUAGAUCACCCGGCAAGGGAGCGUCAGCCACACAAAGUGUAGGAGUGUUUGGACAGUCCGCUUUCAAAGCUAAGCAGAUUCAAAUGCCCAGCGUCAUCUCUAGACCGAGUUCAGCAGGAUAUUCAGAUAAUUCGGCGUCAACGAGUCCCGCUGAUACCGCGGUAGAGUCCCGUUUCAUAAAAGAGAAUGUCUCUGAGAGCUCUGCGACAGCGGCUAGUACUGCUCAAAUAAAGCCGAUCAAGGAAGCUCGAGUCCGCUUUCGACUACCCAGUGACGGGACGACCGAGACAGACAGCCUUGAUGGCCGGCCAUUGUCGUCUGUCACAUCUAGGGACCUAGGAACGGAACCCGAGGAGAGGAACAUAGAGUCCAGUGGUAUGGAUGAUGAAGCGAUGUCAUAUUACUUACCAGGGAACUUGAGAGAGGCCAACUGCCAUGGUGAACGAACAGGGCCAUCAGACCAGCCAGAGGUGGAAGAAACCGAUGGACUCGUAUUCCUCAAAAAUUCCGAAAGAGUAUGCCCAGCCACAUUCAAGGUUAGCAUAACUAUAGCCAUCUAUGUGACGCUUCAGAGUAUUAAAGGGUGGAACGAUUUCGAAAUUCCUGGGAUUCCAAAGACGGGACCCGGUAGGAUUGGAGUUCUCCUGUUCCUCAUGCCCGAUAACCAAGGCCUAGAGAUUCGGACUACGAAUGUUAACAGAGCAACGUUUGUGGAAAAUUGUCUUGUUGCCGAGUUUACUAACUCCGGGAGCCUUGUGCUCCCCCUUCGUCGAUGUGACAGGGAAUAUUGCGGCAAUAUUGCUGACUUCACCGUCGACCAAGAGAUCGUUUCCCACAGUAUAGUCAAAACGUCGAACACUAGUGACGGGAGUGACAAGUCGGCCAUUCAGAUGAGGUUCCAUGCCAUGUGCUCCAUAGCGCUAUAUAACCGCUGCUUUUGGAGCAACAGGUGCACCAUCUUCCUUUAUGUGGAUGGAGGCCCAGAUGGCUGCUUCAAAUGUGACGUGACUUCCCAGAAACACGCAACGAAGAAGAUUCUCAUUGAGGCCAACGAUAACACCCCCAUGGGAGUCUCGCGUAUCCAGGUUACCUGCUCACCUACGAGCAUGAACACUUUUUAUGUGAAAUGGGAAAUGGAGUUUCCCGGACAAAGAGCAGCAUAUUGGGUUCCACGCAUAUACCCAGCAUCAUACAAGUCUUACGAGCGUCGGCAAGAAUCCUUGCGGUAUUCGUUACUGGAGGUGUUAACUGAUCCAUCAUAUCUGUUCUCUGGAGCCGAGACUACAGAAGUCGACUUUGACAGUAGCAGUGAAUUCACUCAAAGCUAUAAGCAAAUUGAGAUAAUGCACAAAAGAGCAAACGAUGAACCGAAAGAGACGCCUUUCCAGCAAAACGCAGGGCAGUCAUUUCUAUCCCAUAUUGAACGGGUAGUUCAGUCACGGCUUGCACGUUACUAUCAGAACCCGAUCAGCCUUUUGAACCAAGCUUUGGUCGGUGUAUUGUGCCUUGCUUUUCUACGGAUUGCUUUUACUCCCGUACAAACCCCGGGACAAAGAAGUCAGGUAGUGUGGUCUCCAUCGGAGAAGCUGUGCGAGAAAGGUCAGGAAAACGUUAAUGACCAAGUCUCGUCUAACACUGGUAUGGGAAUUUUGGGGGUGUUGAACGGAUAUACAAUCGUCAGCCUGGAUGUGGAAGAGAAGGAGUCAGUGGGCAACGAAGAACAGCCCCAGGAGGAUGUUGGGAUGGAGCCGGGCACAGAUGGUCGUGAGCACGAGGAAUCCCCGGUUUCGUUUAGGGACAGGAUUGAUUAUUGGCUUGGUUGGUCGGGUCCUGUUUAAAUGGGAAGCUCAUUCCGUGAUUUGUUCUCUUAGAUUAAAGGUAUUGGGCAUAUUA